AACGGUUGCCGAACCCUAUCACUUACCAUCGUCAUCUUUCCCUCUAGAUUCUUAACGAAUCCGAGAAAAAAACAUGGUCUCGGUGGUCGCGCGGGCCGGCGCCGCCGCUCUUCGAAGCUUUGAAAACCGAAAACCAGUUUUGCUCCGCCGGAGGCUCUUCGCUUCGGCGCCUCGCUGUUCAUCCCUUCAACCCCCCGACGUUCCCCUCCUCGCUGAUGCGGCCCGCAUCUCGCUUUCCGAGAAAGAGGUGGAGGAUUUUGCACCCAAGAUCCGUCAAGUCAUUGACUGGUUUGGGCAGCUUCAGGCUGUUGACCUCGUGUCCGUUCAACCUUCAUUUCGAGCCGAUACUGAACUAAAUGCAGACCUUAGAGAAGACUCACCAGAAACUUUCCAAAAUAGGGAAGCAAUGUUGGCAGAAGUGCCAAACUAUGACAGCCCCUACAUUAAGGUUCCCAAAGUCAUAAACAAGGAGUGAGUUUGAACAGUUAUGUUAUCUAGAAUAUUGAAUGUUACUGCUCAAUUUGUGCUCCAUUAUAUCUCUAAUAUAUCGUAAGCUUCGUUUGAGACAGCUUUUUUAUUAGUUUUUAAAGCUUUUUUUUUUUU